GCGCCGCUUGUCAACGUCAAAAAACGCCUGCUGGGCGGAUCCGAGUUACGAUGAGCUCAGGCUCCCGGCACUAUGUAUUCGCCAAUACGAUCGGUCACGUCGUAAGCCGCGAGAUGAGUUGUGGCUGUGGCAGGAUUGUGCAAUGCUAGGUGUAUAAGACAGGGUGCGCUGUUUAUUGCUAUCGAGACCUUCUGCGUUUGACAUUGACUUUUCUCCGCAAUCCCACUCUACAUAUCUCCCAACAAUCACUCUUUCGUCGACAUCACCACCGUUUCAGUCAACCACACACUCGCUAUCAUGAAGUUCACACUCGUCGCCGCCGCUCUCGCUGCCACCACCGCCGCAGACUUUGUCGUUAUCACAGCACUCCCCACCCCUACCGACCUCUCCCAGCUCCUCAAUAUCAAGUCCUACGUCUCCUCACUCGCGAACUAUGUCACAGAAGAGCUCGCCUCCAUCACCGCCUCCGCAAACCCCAGCCUGAUCUCAGAGAAGGCCAAGAUCCAGUCUGAGCUCGCGUCCUUCGCCGCCACAGCGUCAUACUCGAUUCCCUCGGGCGUCACUGCGCUCGACGGCCUCGAGACCUUCACCACUGUGCCUGAGUGGUACAGUGCGCUGCCUAGCGACAUCAAGAGCUACUACGACAGGAACAACAAGGUUGUUGAGAGCAUCUUGUUCGAGGCCGCGGGCGUCAACCAGACUGCCACUGCCACAGGAAGUGCGGGUGCGAGCGGCACAAGCUCAGGGACCACUGCGAGCCAGACUGGCGCGGCGAACAAGGUUGCUGUGAUGGGCGCCGGUAUGGCGGCGGCGUUCCUUGGUGUCAUUGCCUUGUAGACUCUUUUCUGAUCGCAAGUUAAUUCAGAGUUGAGGAGAGGAACGACAACCUAAGGCUAGCAUGUAGUUCAUUUGAUUCUUCCGAGAUACCU